UGUCCAAUUUGUUUGAAAGUAUAUGAAUGAAGGGCGAAGGGUGGCUCUUGAUUUUUCCCUUAUCCACUCUUUUGCCUCAUGUGCAGAUACAGGCAUAGCAGCCAAUUCCAAUCCCCUUUUUGGGUCAAAAACCAUGGCUGAAGCUAUCAUGGGAUUCACCAUUUUCAAGUCACAGAUUCACUGCUCAUGCAUACAAACUGGGAGAUUUGAAGCCAACUCGUCUUCAAGACUGCUUAAGCAGCGUCCACCCUUCCCCUUGUUCAAAGGAUCCCGGCAGGUUGAGAGGGGCAAAAGCAGAAGAGCCUCUUUAUGUAAAGUGAAUGGCUUGCCAGAUCUUCCCCUUAUGGCUGUUAUAGUUGAGCAAAUCGAGGGUCAGAUAGAUUAUAUAACUCAGAAAUCUGUUUGGCAUCUCAGUGAUGAAGCAAUAAAGAAUGUCUAUUCAUAUUACAUACUAUUCACUGUUUGGGGCUGUUUGUUCUUCGGUUCCAUGAAGGACCCCUACUACGACUCAGAAACAUAUAGGGGAGACGGAGGAGACGGUACUGGUAAUUGGAUUUAUGAGAAGCAAGAUAAAAUGGAAGCAGAAGCUAGAGAAGCUCUGUGGCGAGAGGAGCUGAUAGAGGAGAUUGAACAAAAGGUUGGGGGGCUACGGGAAUUGGAAGAAGCAGGAAAGAAAGAGGAACUUGUCAAAUGAGUUUCACCACUUCCACCCAGGACAUUGAAUCAAGCAACGUUUCGUUAUUGUACAUAAAAAGUUCAACCCUUGCAGCUAUUAAAAAUUUUUCAGGCCCUCCCACAUUAUUAUUCAUGGCAUAUCCUUAUGGUUCAAAUAUAUUGUUAACCAACAACGGAUGAAUUUUACUUUUUUUGGGUAUUUCUCUUUGGGAAGAUUCCUCUCCUUUUUCUUUUCAAUAAAUUACUGUUAUAUGACAGUUAGUAUUUCAUA